GGAACCAAACUCUAUCCUGGGACGGGAGUCGCCCCACCCAAGUGCUGAGUGCCAAAGCCACCUUAACCAGUCUCCUUCCUCCGGUUCAGCUCCUUUUCCGGGAGUCCGGAACCAAUGAUGUCAAGCCGAUCGGGUCUAAGCCCAGCCCUUGGAGAAGGAGAGAGACAGGCACGACAACAGAGAGAGAGAGAAAAGUUCCUGGUUGCAGUGGGACUGAAACAGAGGAAAGGGGACAUUGGCUCAUUAUAGAAGGAAAAGUCUUGGGGGAUAUGGAUUGUGUUGCUGGAAUUACCAGUUAGAGAGAGAGAGAGAGAGGAAAAGAGUGAGCUCCCGGGGAGCUGGGCUCUCGCCAUUACUGACAGCGCCCGGGAUUGUGACCCAGUGGAUCGGGCGGUCUGGCUGAGCGGAGUGCUGUGCUGGGGGAGGAAGAGUCUGUAACGCUGGGCUGUGGGGGGGUGAGCCCUACAGGCGAGGGCGCCGGAGCCCCUUCCACCGCUGGGUUUCCUUGUCACCUUGUGGAUUGUACCCUCCCCGACAACAUGCUGAACGCUGGUGGGAUUUACGCCGUGAAAAAGAGGAAGAAACCCGUGCAAAAGAGCCCCAAACCACCUCCUGCUGAUGGCGUCAAGUCUAAUCCGUCCAAAAGGCACCGGGACCGGUUGAAUUGUGAACUGGAUAAACUCACCAGUCUGCUGCCCUUCACUGAGGAUGUCCGCGCCCGUCUGGACAAACUCUCCGUGCUCCGUCUCAGUGUUGGCUACCUGAAAGCUAAGAGCUUCUUCAACGCCAGCAUCAAGAGGAGCAGGGCUGGCUGGGUGACGGACAAGCCCUCAGCACACUUUCAAGGGAAUGGACAACAAAAUGGUCAGCCAAUCAUCUCCGAGGGAGAUCUAUUGCUCGAGGCUCUGAAUGGAUUUAUUCUGGUCAUCACUGCUGAAGGAUAUGUCUUCUACGCGUCUCCUACCAUCCAGGACUAUCUUGGCUUUCACCAGUCGGAUGUGGUACACCAGAGUGUCUUUGAAUUGAUCCACACGGAUGACCGAGCAAUGUUCCGACAGCAGUUACACUGGGCCCUGAAUCCACCUGCCUGUCAGGAAUCCGACCCCCGAGCAGAUGGUAUUCCAGAGAACCACAGCCUUUGCUCCAGGGUCAUGACUUUUGAUUUGCCACCUGAGAAUUCCUCUUUCAUGGAGAGAAACUUUAUCUGUCGCUUCCGUUGCCUGUUAGACAACUCUUCUGGCUUUCUGACGCUGAACUUUCAGGGCCGGCUGAAGUUCCUACACGGGCAGAAUAAGAAAGCGGAGGAUGGCACUCCCAUUCCCCCUCAGCUGGCUCUGUUCGCCAUGGCAACGCCUCUCCAGCCUCCGUCCAUCCUGGAGGUGCGCACCAAGACGCUCAUCUUCCAGACUAAGCACAAGUUGGACUUCACGCCGAUGGCAUGUGACACCAAGAGCAAGUUUGUGCUGGGUUACACAGAAGCAGAGCUGUGUAUGCGAGGCACAGGCUAUCAGUUCAUCCAUGCUGCUGAUAUGAUGUACUGUGCUGAUAAUCACGUGAGAAUGAUGAAAACUGGCGAGAGUGGAAUGACAGUGUUCAGAUUACUGACCAAACAGAACGGUUGGGUUUGGGUCCAGGCCAAUGCCCGUUUGGUUUAUCGAGGUGGACGACCUGACUCCAUCAUUUGUAAGCAGAAGCCUUUGACGAAUGAAGAAGGUGAGGAAAAUCUCCGGAAAAGGUCCAUGCGGCUGCCAUUCAAUUUUGCUACAGGAGAGGCAGUUCUGUACGAUCACAAUCCGUUGCUUUUGGGGCAGCUGGAUUCAUUCGAGAUUCAAGGUAAAGGCACCAAGGUCGAGAAGGUUUUGACAGGGGUGAACGGGACUGACCCAAAAAAUGGAAUCAACCCCAAUUCACUUCUGGGUGCCAGGAUGAUUCAGAAUCCAUCUGCGUACACCUCGUACAAUGAAAUGCAUUUUAACCUUGACGAUAUCUUUGCCAACGACUUCUCUGUUUUAAAUGUGCCGGGGGAUUUCUGUCAGCCAGGCAAUCGUGGCAAAACUUCUUCCAAACAGGAGCAGAUGGACCUUGACCAGGCUGACCCACUGUCAACCAUCAUGGAUAUUCUGUCACAAAAAAACCUGGAUGAGAACAACCUGUGUGACACUCUGGAAAACCUGGAUGUGGAGAACACGGAGUUGGAGCAAUGGGAGGAAACCUUAAUGAAAAUGGACAAUACCUCGAUCCCAGAUGACUUCAGCGACGUCCUCACCUCCGAUUUUAUAUUGUCAUGUGUUGAGAACAUGCUGACAAAAGACAGCCCGGAAGCUAACAAGUUCCCGCAGGAGGGCUUAGACCCCGCAGUAGGAAGUAUAACCGGGCCGAACCAACACAACCCAUUGUCACAAAAGCCGCCUGGAUUUGAAAACCAAAACCCAGCAAUGCCUGGCUUUCAAGAUGCAAUAGCAGCGGCUGAGCAGAUCCCGAUGGCUUCUGGCCCCCCCACCCCGUCUCGGCCUGCUCCCCAGACUCCCGUCACGCCUGGGCCGCAGAGCGUGCUGCCGUUUGGACUCAAGAACACGCACGUGCCUCAGCCACAGAACGAAACGUAUCCCAGAAUUCCCAACCCGCUGGGAUCAUCCACCUGGAAUCCCCUAACGGCGAGCCGGUAUAAUCCUCCUAACCAGCGGGGUCUCGUUCCGCUCGACAUCCGGGGUCCGUGUGGAUCCCCGCCGGCCAAGCCGAGCUGUGCGGGGCAGGUCAGCGGGCAGCAAGUGAGCACAGGGAAGAUGUCGGUACCGGGGAACUUGCAGCAGUCCGUGCUACAUCAACCACCGUACUCUGGUCUGAAUGGCCAGCUGGAAGGGCAGUCUCUGCAGGUGCCUCAGCCACAGUGGCAGCCGCAGAUGCAGAAUGGACAGCAAGAUCCCAUGCUGUCGCACAGAGUGCAAGACUGCUUUCAAAUACGGCAGCCAUCUUGUGGAUUGACACACGCCUUGCCGGAAAGGGGCUCUGCAGCUUGUUAUCUGAACCAAAACAGCAGCGGACAGCUUCCUUACAGCUGCAACAUCACAAGCAAGCACAGGACCACAGUGAACCAGUUUGCGAUGGGACUGCCUCCCAGCACCAACAGCAGCUGCAUGUUCACCCCCUGUGAGUACGAGGGACGGGCCCCUCCUCCCAGAACUGAUCCACUGUUUCCAGACAGCAGCUCCCUCACUCCUCUGCCUCCCUACGGUAAAACAGAAGGAUUGCAGAACCACAGUCCCUUCCAGGCCACCUGUUACUAUGAGAAAGACCCUGUUCAUUCUGCUAUAGGCUCCUCAGCUGUCCCCAAUGGGGAACUGAACAUUUAUCAGUUGGCCUGUCAAUUCGAGCCAAACUUUUCCGCAUUACCGCUCACCGAGAAUUCUAUCUGCCAAAUUCCAGCAGGUCAGGCACCUUGGAAUUGAAGCAAUUAAUUUAAGGGAGAAGCUCCGAACUGAGGAAGUGGAACACUGAGCAUGUUGACUUUGUUUGCCAAGAGUGUUGGGCAAGCAAAACCCGUAAAUUAUU